CAAUAACAUAGAAAGAAACAAACGAAAAAGCAACCAUGACUUUGGUGAGCUACUAAUCUAUUUCAGAAGCUAAUAUUUUUUAAAAAAUCCAUUUGAGAAGCCGAGAUAAAGAGCCCAACUCGAAGAUAGUCUCUCUCUUUCUUGACUUAUCUCUCUGAAAAGCUCUUCGAUUGCUUACUACCCCCUUUUCAAUGGCGUCAACGCCGCCUCAUCGGUCUAUGACCACCGCCAAUACCCAUCCUCAGAUCCGCCAACAACCCACUCCCAACCACCGUCCAUGGUUUCCACAGCGUGUCCCUCCCUGUCCUCGUGGCCAUCGCGCCGUUACCUCAGCUCCUCCGUCUUCGUCAGUCGACGCUGUAGCGUCUGCCCAAGUAUCAAAGACUCCUACUUUCUCUCCCCUGCAAACUCCCAAAUCGGACUCCUCCGAUUUUUCCGGUCGUCGAUCGACUCGGUUCGUCUCCAAGAUGCAUUUCGGGCGACCUAGAGCUACAGUGGCCACGCGGCACAGCUCGGCUGCGGAAGAAGCACUUCAGAGCGCUAUCAAGUUCUCCGGAGACGACGACAUGUUCCAGAAUCUAUUGUUGAGCUUAGAGUCUAAGCUCCGUGGCUCUGACGACUAUACCUUCAUACUCCGAGAGUUAGGGAAUCGAGGUGAGUGCGAUAAAGCUGUUGGCUUUUAUGAGUUUGCAGUAAUACGAGAGAGGAGAAAGAUUGAGCAAGGGAAAUUAGCUAGCGCAAUGAUAUCUACUCUCGGUAGGUUAGGCAAAGUAGCCAUUGCUAAGAGAGUUUUCGAAGCUGCUUUAGCUGGUGGGUAUGGAAACACGGUCUACGCCUUCUCUGCUCUUAUCAGCGCUUAUGGGAGAAGUGGGCUCCAUGAGGAAGCCAUUAGUGUCUUCAACUCCAUGAAAAGCUAUGGCUUGAGGCCGAAUUUGAUUACCUACAAUGCCGUGAUUGACGCUUGCGGUAAAGGGGGAAUGGAGUUUAAGCUAGUAGCCGAGUACUUCGAUGAGAUGCAGAGGAACGGUGUGCAGCCUGAUAGAAUAACAUUCAACUCUUUGCUCGCUGUUUGUAGCAGAGGAGGUUUGUGGGAAGCAGCAAGGAACCUCUUUGAUGAGAUGUUGGAUAGAGGGAUUGAGCAAGAUGUCUUCACUUAUAAUACUCUUUUGGAUGCAAUCUGUAAAGGAGGGAAGAUGGAUCUUGCUUUCGAAAUCCUGGCAGCUCAGAUGCCCGCUAAGAGAAUCAUGCCUAAUGUUGUAAGUUAUAGCACUGUCAUUGAUGGGUUUGCAAAAGCCGGGAGAUUCGACGAAGCUCUUAACUUGUUUGAUAAGAUGAGAUUUCUCGGAAUUGCAUUAGACAGAGUUUCUUAUAAUACAUUGCUUUCUAUUUAUACGAAAGUUGGUAGAUCCGAAGAAGCUUUGGAUGUUUUAAGAGAGAUGGCAUCUGUUGGGAUAAAGAAGGAUGUUGUGACUUAUAAUGCUCUUCUUGGAGGGUAUGGGAAACAACGGAAAUACGAUGAAGUGAAACAGAUUUUCGCUGAGAUGAAGCGGGAGCACGUGCUGCCUAAUUUACUGACUUAUUCUACAUUGAUCGAUGUGUACUCGAAAGGAGGUUUGUAUAAAGAGGCAAUGGAGAUAUUUAGGGAGUUUAAGAGCGUCGGUUUAAGAGCUGAUGUUGUGUUGUACAGCGCAUUGAUUGAUGCAUUGUGCAAGAAUGGGUUGGUGGGUUCUGCUGUUUCUUUGAUCGAUGAGAUGACAAAGGAAGGAAUUAGGCCUAACGUUGUAACCUACAAUUCCAUCAUCGAUGCCUUUAAUCGUUCUGCAACUAUGGAGUCCCUAGCUGAAUCUAGAGAUGGUGGAGCUAGUAGCUUAGAAGAAGUUGGAUCGUCCUCUUUUUCUUCUUCUUUAAGUAAAAUGACUGAAACAGAGGAUAGUCAGGUGAUACAGAUAUUUGGGAAAUUAACCACUGAGAGUUUUAGUAGAAUGAAGAAAGACUGUAAGGAGGGUAUGCAUGAGCUCUCCUGUAUGUUGGAAGUAAUCCAGAAAAUGCAUCAGCUGGAAAUAAAACCAAAUGUUAUAACCUUUUCUGCGAUUCUGAAUGCUUGCAGUCGGUGCAACUCAUUAGAAGAUGCAUCAAUGCUGCUAGAGGAGCUCAGGGUGUUUGAUAAUCGGGUAUAUGGUGUUGUUCAUGGACUUCUGAUGGGCCAUAGAGAGAAUGUGUGGCUCCAGGCUCAGAGCUUAUUCGACAAAGUAAACCAAAUGGAUGGUUCGACUGCUUCUGCUUUCUACAAUGCUCUUACCGACAUGCUUUGGCACUUUGGUCAGAAACGAGGCGCACAACUUGUGGCGCUUGAGGGAAGAUCUAGGCAAGUUUGGGAGAAUGUGUGGUCUGAGUCUUGCUUAGACUUGCACCUUAUGUCUUCUGGUGCUGCACGUGCAAUGGUCCAUUCUUGGUUGCUAAACAUACGCUCCAUUGUCUAUGAAGGUCAUGAGUUACCUAAACUCUUAAGCAUAUUGACUGGUUGGGGGAAACACAGCAAAGUGGUCGGAGACGGAGCACUAAGGCCAGCGGUUGAAGCGCUUUUGAGGGGUAUGGAUGCACCGUUCUACCUCUCAAAAUGCAACAUGGGACGGUUCACAUCAAGCGGUACGGUCGUAGCUACUUGGCUGCGUGAAUCAGCGACACUCAAACUCUUGAUCCUCCAUGAUCACAUAACCACCAGAGCUAACACAACAGUGAGAUCAACAGACCAACAUGAACAAACCUCUCUCACUUUGCAGCCCCUUCUAUUGUAGCUGUACAUUGUGAUGUAAACAAUUUAUGACCACCAAGUCUGUGUUGGGACAAGGGUGUGAUUCUGUGCUCUGUGCUAAUAUUUUGUAACAAGCAACACAAAUUGUAUUUUGAACCCCAAACAAUUGUUUAAUUACAUAACUAAAUAGAUCUCACGAUUUAGAAAAGGGUUUUCUUCAAUAA